UCAGGUAGUCUGGUGAGCCCGCAGUCUGCACGCGCGCCACGGACACACUGAGUCAUGACCGAAUUGAUAAUGGACGGAGUUCUUCCGAAGCUUUGAAGCAACUUUUGUUGUUGUUGUUUUGUUUGUUUUACCACCAGGCCGAGUGAACUUGUACUCUCCCAACUUUAAUAACCAUGCGUCGGCCGCGUCGAGGGAGCCGCGCGCGGAGCGUCGCGUGGCUGCUGCUGCUGGUCGUCUCUCUCGCCCCUUCCCUCGUCUCCUCCAUCCUCGUCAACACCCCGGCAGAGCUCCAUGCGUCGAAAGGCGACGCCGUCACCAUGUCCUGCACGUUCAUCUCCGCCAACCGGCCGACCAGUAAGAUGACGGUGGACUGGUCCUACAGGCCCCAGACUGGGGGGCCUCUAGUAACGUUCUUCCACUUCUCCUCCCGGGCGUUCCCGCCGCUCGACGGCCAGUUCAAGGAUCGCAUCCUGUGGCAGGGCGUCCCGGCGCGCGGCGAAGCCUCCAUCUCGCUAGUCAACGCCACGCUGAGCGACAACGGCACCUACACCUGCGCCGUCAGGAACCCGCCCGACGUCCACGGCUCGCCGACCUCGCACACGGUGCUCAGCGUCACGCCGAAAGCGGCCAGCAUUCGCUUCUCCGACGUCGCGGUCCUCCUGGCGUUCGUCCUCCUCCCCUCCGGCGUCAUCACCCUCGUCCUGAUUGGACGGAUGCUCUGUCCCAAGAAGCGGCGCGACCAAUCGAAGGGCUACCGAUCGCCCAUCGAGGUCACCGAGGGAGAGGAGUACGGCGUCCAGCCGGCGGGGGCCAAAGAGCAGAGGGCCUCGUGCUGUGACCUAUAUAUGAUGGACUCUGAGGAUGAAGAGGGGUACUACGACGUGAAGAAGCAUCUCCCUGUGGACGACGGGUACGCCGAGUCUCGGUGCUAGAAGAGGAACCCGGCAGCUUCUCCACCCACCCGGUGGCUGACGAGGGACCGGGGGACCGGGGGGCAAUAAAUGCUGGAUUCAUGUUGUCAUGUUGUUGGGGGGGGGGGGGGGGGGGAAUAAUAUUUCAGACAAUCUCAAUUCUGCAUCUCCAUCCCCGCCGUUCUCGGGUCCUACAUUUUUAGAGCUCGUGGCCCCCCAUCCUCCACCCUCUCACAUGCAAACACACAGAUUGAGCACUAUGUGUAUUUCUUUUUUUUAUAUAUAUCUUGAUGAUUUAAUAUACCGGUCACUGUCUUAUUGUGAAGGAUGAGCUUGUUUUUUGUCUUAAUUUAUUGCAGCGUCCAGAGCGUCUGGAUGAAAUCUCGUCGAUGCCUUUUUGUUGUUGUUGUUGAACAUUUCCAUUUUUCCUUCUCGAUAUUUUGGACCAAAAAAAAAUGGUUAGCAGUACUAUUUAUGCAAUAUGUUGCGUGUGUGUAUAUAGAGUAUAUUUCCUCUGUGUGUGUACAUUAAUGUCCCGUGUCAUCAUUAUUUCCUCAUCGGCAGUCGGUGUGUCACUUUAACGACUCGGCAUGACGUCUGAGUUUGGAUGCGGUGUUUCAUGGAUGAGGUUAUUUCAUUAUUGCACAGCUUUGCUUUGCGAAUUACAAUAUAGAUAUUAUAUAUUUUUUUUGUCUAAAUAAUUAGAUCAAGUUCUUCUGGCUUUGUGAGGGAUGAUCGUGAUUUUUUUUUUUUUAAAAUAAUGGUACCGCCAGCAAGUGAAUAAAAGACACUUUGCUCAUUAAAUCGGUGCUCCUGCUCUCUUUGUUUGGUCUCUUGCAAUAUUCAUGUCUGAUCUGGAAUAUUACUUUAUUAAUAGCUGGAAUCUCACUCACGACUCUGAGCUAAUACAAAUAAUAAUAAUAAAACUGCUGAAACACACCGUAAA